AUGGCGUCCUCUAACAAUCCUCGCAAAUUUAGCGAAAAAAUCGCUUUGCAUAAUCAGAAACAGGCGGAGGAAACCGCGGCGUUUGAAGAAGUAAUGAAAGACCUGAACAUCACCAGAGCUGCACGGGUAAGAGCUGCACACCCCCGUCUGUUUACAUGAUGUUGCAUCGCUGUUUGGCAUUUCACGAACGCUGCGGAGAUCAAUCUGAACGAUUGGAUGCUAAGUAGCUGAAGUUAUUAUUAACAUGAGGUGCCGCAUCGAUUUAUCACCGCAAAUGUUUAUUUCCACCCUGCAUGUUGGAAUCAUGCUGCUGUCACACAGAUAGAUAGAGGGGGGCUGCCCUCAACUAGCUUAGCUCUGCUGCUGUGAAUAAUGUGCACCUGUCACUGCUGUCAUCUCAUCAGCAAACAAAUGCCCAGAUAUCUCAAUGAAAACAUCUUAUCAACCACUUUUCAUCAGCUAAACGAGUGCAGCAUUUCUGUUAGAGCUAUGUUAGCGUUUGCUGAUCAAUGGGGUGUUAAUGGUCCUCUUAGCUGUGAUUUCUCCUCCAUCAGCUGAAUGUUAACAUCCACAUUAGCUCCUGAGUGGACUGCAAAAGGAAAACAAAAGACAUGUGGAAAACAGAAAAAGAUAUCAAAACAUGCCCUUCUUUCUCAUCAGAGAUUUAGGACUUUGGACAAUUUCAUUUUAUAAACAUUAACUUUUUCAACUUCUCCACUCGGCAGAAAAUACUCACUUUUCAACUAACAUUUAGUUAAUCUGAAAUCAUUAUUUCUAUUUAGUGUUGGUCCCCUGAUGAAAUGAGAAGCUGAUGUAUCCUUUAAUUUCUAAAAUGUACAUUUGUAGUAGGCCUGGGCGAUUUGGCAAAAAAACAUGAUCACGAUGUAUUUUGAUGUAUCGUCUGAUCUCGAUUAUUAUCACUUUUUUUUUUUACUGCCAGUUUUAAAGCUUCUGUACUAAAAACUAAAGAAACUAGAGAUUAGUUCAACAUUUUAUUAACGUACAAAGUAAAUAACAAAGACUUAGAAAAAUAUAAAAACCAUUUUAACUCACCAGCACAACAAAUGUAGAUAAAUACUAAAUAAUACAGUGAAUUAGUUUACAGUCCCGAGUGUUUUUGCAGGUAUGCAAGACCCAAAAUCAAAUUGCAUAAAAUACAGACCAUAAAAAACUGUAUUUUUACUGCAUUUACGCCACAUAAGAAACCGAGGAGGCCCACAACAUAAUGCAUGCCUUUCAAAAUAAGCUAUUUUUCAAAAUAAAAGACAUGUCAAACAUCAGAUGAGCAUUGAAUAUUUACUUUUUUGACCAGCUGUUUGCGACCCAUCCAGAACAUGGCCGUGACACACUUUUGGGUCGGGACCCACCAGUUGAGAAGCACUGAUUUAGAGUGUAAACUGCAGACCUGAAACAUUGCCCACAGUGACGAUAACAACACAAUACAUCUUUGUUUUGAUAACCAAUCGUUUGCAAUGCAAUCAUACUGUGAAACUUCACUGAAUCUGAUAAACUGAAGAGUGCAAAACGCCCCGAGUGGUAAAGUGCAGGAGGAAUGUCAUGAACCUCACUGUGUCAAGCUGUGAAAUAGUGACACAGUGAGUUAUGUUGGAAGAGAAAUCUGUACUAAGCACUGUUUUUUUCUCUCUAAUUUUUAAAAUAGCACUGUUUGGACUUGCAGUAUUUAUAUUUUGUUUCACUGGUCCCACCACCAGACCAGUUACAGUAAAAUACCUUUAAGUGAGAGGACAUUACUGUGAGCAUAUCUUGAGUUUUUGAGCUCUAAGAGUGAUAAAAUGGACCAAUAUGCAGAAGAUCAUGCCAGUAUAUAUAUAAUAUUUUGAAGCAUGUGGUUAGUCUCUAAAGCAGCAAAAACAAGUUGUUGAUCUCCAUAAAAAAAUAUGGAAGAAAUUCAUAAAAAUGGUUGUCUCCAAAUGUUGUCCUUUUAGACAGUCAGUUUGUUUGUUGAAGAUUGUUGGUGCAUUUGUAAAAUGACUGAAAUCAUUGAUCAGCGAUUGAAACUGGUGCCCAUUCAUGUUUUUAUGAUUAUUUUUUAAAUCCUUAAGUUUUUCACCAACCAUGAAAUACAGAAUAUAAUGUUUCUGUGGAGCAUCUCAUUUUCAGCCCCACUGAAGACGAUGCCCACUAACCUUUUACAAGCCUGAAAAGGUUAUUAUUACAUCUCAUUUGCCAAGAGGAAAAGUUAUUUUUGUUGUCCCUGUAUGAUUUCUAUGUAAAUUCCAUCUAAACAUCAAUCCGUAUCAUUUCUUCAGUCAGAAUCAGUGCAGCUCAUUGUUAAAAAAAGGAUUUCCAUUUCAGUGUUUAUGUUAAAACACUCAUCACUCCUGUGACUGAUUUUGAAUCACGUCAUGUGUGUUAAAUGGUUACGUCACACGUCAGUCGGCCGACACGUUUAUUUUCAUUUAUUUUUUAUUCUUUGCCAUGAAAGAUGUCUUUUGCUUCUUUCUGCCUGUCUUACCAUGUUUCAUCUGUAAGUGACUGGAUCAGUGAUCUUUUCUUUCACCACUGUGGACUGGCAGGUAUCAUUCUGUCAUCACUUUUUUUUGUGAUUCAGAUCAGUCAUUCACUCAUGCUUUCAUUCAAUUUUACUUUGCACAGUUGCAGUUACAGAAGACCCAGUAUUUGCAACUAGGGCAGAAUCGUGGACAGUGCUAUGGAGGCUCACUGCCCAAUGUCAAUCAGAUUGGAAAUGGCAACAUUGACCUGCCUUUUCAGGUGAGCCCAUAGCCUCUCUCGGCUGGUUAAUCAAUGGUUUGUUCUCAACCAGUGUACCUUUUUUAGCUGUCCGUGAUAUUACAAAACAUACAAGGGUUUCCAGUGAUCUGCAGUUUUGGUAAAAGAGUAAAAGUGGCUCAGAACUGAUUAUUCCACCUUAACAAGAAAGUGUGAAGGCUUAGCACAGGCUAUGAUGACAGUAAAGGAACAACAGACAAAGGUUUAAUCAUGGUUCAGGUUUGAUUUGUUCCUUGAAUUUUAAAGUAUAUCAUUGCUUGUCAUGGCUUUCCAUCUUUAAAAACAUUUGCCAACUCGAGCAUCAGUAUGGGUGGCCCAUGGCUUGACUCAUUUUGAGACGAACACAUUUGCACCAUUAGUCCUAAGACAUGAACCUGAGACGUAGAUUUGUUGUGUACUUCCGUUGUUUUUCUGGCCUCAUUCACCUGCUGUGUUCACUCCAGAACUCAGUGCUGGAUACCAGUCGGACCACUAGGCACCACGGGCUGGUGGAGCGCGUGUACCGCGACCGGAACCGCAUCACGUCACCUCAUCGCCGACCACUGUCAGUCGACAAACAUGGACGCCAGAUAUCCUUUCUUGUUGCAAAAGCACACCUAAAUGUUGAAAUAGGACUUAGACCUUGGUCUGUUUGUAUGUUUGGCUCAUUUCGCAUCUGAGAAACUGCUUAUAUAUUGUCUAAAUUUAAUGGGAACCCAAAACUUUGAUGAAAUGCAAGACUUUUCCAGCCUUUCAUUGAACCCUGAGUUCAUACAUGUACAAUAUCGGCUUGUCUUAUCAUGAAACAACAACUGACGAAGCCGUCCAGGAGGAGCUCACUCUUUGAAAUGGCCUUAAAUUUGAAACCUGAUAAACCAAAAACACACUUUCCUAGAACGAUUCAUGUUUUCUAUGUCUUCUUAGAAACUCAUUUGAAGUAAUUUGACUGAGCUAAUGAACAUAUUUCUUUCUCAUUGUUCAGAGAAGACCUUACACUGCAAAAAAGCACCAGGAGAAACCUCUUCUUUGUUCAGCAGUACAGUGCUGUCUAUUAUUACUGCUCCUCUGACGAGAUUAUUCCUAGAAAUGUAUUCUAUCAUUAGACAACAACGCACUGACUGAAGCCUCUUAAAGUCAUUUCAGUAAUUUGUGUAUCCUAUUUGUACACCUAUUGUGUAUCAGGUUUUUGAGGGUGAAUUAGUCAUAGGUAAGAAACUAUAAAUAAGCUGAAAUGUUUUUUUUUUUUUUCUCAUCUUUCCUCAUUUAUACGUCUUAACACUAAGUUCACAUUGACAGCUGUCCUUACAGCUCAGUUUACCUCUCCCCACCACCAGACACAAGCUGGAGAAGGUAAGCUCCUCCCAUUUGUCAUUUCGCCAAGCUGUUUGCUUGGAAACGCAACCCAACAGAGCUCACUUUCAAGAAGAAUGUUAAUUAAUAAAUAGAUCCUUACAUCCCAUGUUGGUGUAAAGUUCCCAAACUCAUCAGACAUAACUGAGCACUUUUUUUUUUAGGCCACAAGACUUCUCAUAAAGGUCCAUGACAGGGAGUGAUCCUUCACUGGAUGACUGUAGAAUUGGCGCUCUGCCUUCAUCGGGGAUUUGGCAGCAAUUUUGCUGACUUCUCAUCUUUCUCACACAUUCAGGACAAACUCGGAUUCUGCCUUACACCAGAGCGCCAUGAAUCCGAAGCCCCAGGAGGUGUUUGCAGGGGGAUCACAGGAGCUGCAGCCCAAACGAGGUAACCGAAGAUCCAGUUACAAAGACACUGAACCGCUUUUAUUUAUUUAUUUAUGCGCUACACGCUAAUGCAGACGGCCAACCUUAAAUGACAGAAGAGGGUAGAGUCACAAAGAAAGCAGAUCUGGACUUUUAAUGAAAUAUUUAUGGGCCAAAUGGAUACUGAUCUCUGGCACAGAGCUGCUCCAGUAUGCUGGCGCACUGUGUCUCUGAAUGGGGCUGACUCAGGAUAAUCUAGAGGGGAGAUCAAUAUUUCACUGAUUAUCCAUGGAUUAUGUCUUUGUAUGUGUGACACUCUGAUACAAUGAAUCCCAGAUUGGCUGGCACCCACUCAGUCUGUCUGCUGGUCACCUUGCUAUUUUUAGACUGCACAGCACUAUACCCUGCCUGACUGGCUCGAAUAUUGAUGACUCAUUUCUUGCUCUGAUUUUGUAUUGUUAUUUAUUUUGUCAAAGCAAAGCAACUGUGUCUUGCUGUUCCACUAAUUAGUACUGCUGCUAACAGUGCCUGGAACGGAGGACGGCGAGUCAAACUCCGACAAGGAUGGGCAGAAACAGCUGUGGGAUGACAAGAAGGUAUUGACAGAAGAAAAGAAAUAGGACUGUGAGGUUUACAUUUGUUGUUGUGAUACAUCUUAAUUAAUUUCGAGUUGCUGCUAAUGAAUUUAUUUCUCAUUAGGAUGAUUCAUCAAAGCCUAAUACAUGUGAUGUCCCGGGAAUCAAGUGAGUAGUUUUGGCUUGAUCUUCUAUCAUUCUGUACAGUAAACACAACAUGAAUGCAGUUACACAGCCAUUAAAAAGUCAUGAAGCAAGAUGAAAAAUCACAUUUUCAUGCUUUUAAAAUGAAUCUCAGCCCCUGUAGCGACUGCUUUCCUUCAACAAAAAGGCUGCUGGGGUUUAGGUUUGCUUGCAUCUGUGACUCGUUCAAUUAUCAGUCCAGUUUGAGUGUUAAAAAAGUAAUUUAUUGUUUAGAAAAGGAAAAAAAACACGCUGAUCCGGGUCCAAACUUUUGCCUUCAAAUGAAAAAGUUGAUAUGCUGAAAUGAGGUUAAAACAGGAUAAGUGUAACUGUGAAAAACUGUGAAAAACGAUGAAAAACGGUCCACAGAAAAUUAUCAGAGCUUACCAAACCCAUUAUCUGACUCCACCUGUGAGAUUUAAAUAACCCGCCAAACAUCCCAAAACCACACCCCUCAGUGAAGAUCCCCGGUAGUGAUGUACCUAUGGAAAUAAAACUUUCAACAAAUAUAGUUUAGCCCUAGAGCCCCCAAACAUUCAUCAUUAAAGCACAGUGUCUCCUGCAGUCAAAGAAGGGCAUGAAUAUUUGUUUUGGUCAGUUUUAAACAUAUAUGAGUAGAUUUAAGUUUCUUUUUACAAUUAAUACAGUAACACAAAACUAAAUAUUGGUGUUUAGGGUGAAUACUUCCAUGACCACAAAAACAUAAAAAAACACAAGACAAAAAAAAAGUGUGCUCUGUUUUAGUAGAUUAAUUUAAGUUUCACCAAAUCCCCCCUUAGAGAAUUGUAAUUAACACCCUCAGUGCUCUAAAAAUACACGAGCUGCUGCUAAAAAUAACAUCUUUAAACAUCUUCAGGGGCUCUUUGCAUCAGGAAUUUUGUGUCAUUUACAUACUUUUUAUGCUGAUUUUGAUUAUUUUUGCCUUCAUUUUUCAUUGAAAAAUGGGGAUUCAAGCGACAGGAAGUUAAGCCAGCAGUCUCUGCAUCAGUGAUUUUUAUUUGUAGGCUCAUGCUCUUACCGCAAAGCAACACUGGCGCCACUCAGACACAGCUUUCCUCUGCCCCAACCCCCUGCAUCAUCAGAAUUAUUGGCACAAAAUCAAAGUUUUUAUCCAAGAAGUUUCAGUGUCAGUUUGUUUUUUUGGACAGAAAAGGUCAGAGGUAGGGUUAAGCCAGAGUACGUUUUCUUGUGUCUGAUAAAACUUGUGUCUGUUCAGUAUAUUCCCAUCACCAGACCAGGAGUUGAACCCCUCCCUGCUGCCCGCUGCACACAACACUGGCGGUUCUCUCCCUGAUCUUACCAACAUCCAGUUCCCCCCUCCGCUGUCCACCCCGCUGGACCCUGACGACACCGUGGCCUUUCCCUCCCUCAGCUCGUCCAAUAGCACAGGAAGCCUGACCACCAACCUCACCCACCUGGGUAUCAGCGCCGCCAGCCAUGGUAAUCACAUCUAAAUCUAACACACUACAAGUUCAGACUUAAACACUGGCAUGUUCAUCAGAUGCGGAGGAUGUUUGGAUUUACAUAAAAUGUUUGGUUAAAGAGAAAACUCUUGUGUAAUGUCUCUUUAACUUGCAGUAAAAAUAGAUUUUUUUUUUUUUAAGCAGAUAAAAGGUUACGUAAAAAAAAGCCACAGAGUCACCCAGUGAAGCUCUGAUUUCAUGUCAGCAAACAAGAUACAAAGAAACUCUUCAUGUUUGUUUUUCUUUUCCCCUCCUCUCCUCAGGGAUCACCAACUCCUCCCAGCCUACCAUGACUGCCACAACACAGCGCCGCCAACCACCCGUGGUGCCGCUGACCCUCACCUCUGACCUCCAUCUCCAGCAGUCCCCGCAGCAGCUUUCUCCCACUCUCUCCUCACCCAUAAACAUCACACAGGUAAGAUUCAGAUUUGUUGUUCGCACUAGACUCUCUUACUGUCCGUCAUGUUGAAAAUAAAUGGUCAUGAAUGUUGCAUCUUAAUCUUAGAGGGUCUGAAGAUUGAUGGCUUGUCUCUGAAGUUACGACUGGUUUACUGAAGUUUUGCUCUUUCACCUUCUAUGAGAGUGAGGUUUGCAAAAAGUGUCUUACAACAUGGAAAUAAUAGUUUGUCUAAAAUCACCAAAGCAUUUUAUUUUUCAAGCAUUAGCAGGCAUCUGCAAAAGUGAGAAAAUCUAAGGAGAUGUGAUUUUUGUCUGUAGUAAAUUCUUAUACCUUUCAAUCAUCUAAGAGUCAAAGUGGGAUAUCUGGGUCUGAGUUUGCGAUCAAAUUUCAGCUCGUAUACAUCAUGUAGAAAUGUUGUUUGUACAGCAGACCAGUCAGACAAGCAGUUAACACGUGGCUGUCUUAUCUUCUUAUAACACAUUCACUUUUUCCUCAUAUCUUUAGGCGUACAGUGAGUAGAAAUGAGAAUAAUUUGCAGUCAGGAUCUAGUUUGUAUCACUCCAAUGCCUACCUCUCCCAUGGUUAAGCUGUUAUGGUGGCCUUAAAGGACAAGAAGCUGUUGUAAUGCAACAUAACUAUCACCUACAUUAGUCAAGUUUUGACCAGAGUCCAUACUAAUUAUUUUGCUCACAGCAGAAACCACUCUUUUCGUCUUUAUCUUCCAACUGAUGCAACUUAGGCAUUGAUUCCAAGUUAGCAAAGAAAAAAGACCUGUUUAAUCAGAUGAUUAAUUUCUGUAUCUUAAAGGGGUAUUCCGGUGUAAAAUUAAUUUAGGGUCAAACACACCGUAACACAGAGUUAGACACCCCCUCCAGAGAUGAAUGUUCCCGACUGCUUGCUUCUCUAGUUAUACCAACUUUAGUAACGACCGCAAUAGCAAUACACAGUGGUCUGAGGAGCCAUAAACAAAUCUCAACCAAUCAUAAAUGUUCUUCCUUGAGCUACAUCACCCCGCUGUAGCCCAUAAUGGUCUGGCCUGAGGUCUCGCUACAAACAAGCGGCUGCUGGAAGAGAGUAGGUGAGUUGUGUUUAGUCUCUUUGCUAAAGAAAUCAGGCAAAGCUAAAGAGGCGUUUGAUGGCUAGUGCUAUGGCUGGGACCCUACAUGUACUGUUGAUGAAGUUAGGUGCUGUUCUGAGCAUUAUUUGUGGCUAUAAAGUGGCGUUUUGGUUGAGGUUUGUUUAUGGCUCCUCAGACUGCUGUGUAUUGCUAUCCUGCUGUCGUGACUUAACUUGGUAUAACUAGAGAAGCAAGCGGUCGGCAACAUUCAUCUCUCGAGGGUGUGUCUAACUCUGUGGAGAAGAGAAGAUGCACACCCCUUUUAAUGAUGCUGACACAUGGCCCUUUAAUGGCAAUUACACUGAAUUCAUAGAACAAACUAAGGAGGUUCCUCAUGUGGAGGAGACAGAAAAAAAACAGGUGUGAUCUCUUGAAGUCCACACUCAUCAAGUCUUUGAUUCUUUCUGCUCAUAUAUCACAGUUUAUGACGUCAUCUUGAUGAGUUCAUGUGCGUUUUUCCGCAGGCCUUGCCAACAGAGUCGCUGACCCUGGAGCAGCAGCUCUCCCAGUACCCGCUUUUUAACCAGCUGACAGCUCAGGCCCAGGCUCAGCUGCUCAGCGACCUCCAGAAGCAGCAGCAGGUCCUGUCGCAGGGCAUCCAGCUUAUUACUUUGCCUACUCUGGCCUCCCCGGGAACAGCCACGGCUACUGCCAGUAGCCCCUCCACUGACAGCCAGAGCCAGACCACCGCCAGCAUCAGCAUCAGCUCGGUAAGAAGACCAGGAAGUUAAAUCCAAGUGUAGAAGAAAAGAUAACUGAAUUUGACUGAAUAACUGCGAGCUUUUCACUAUCUCUUUUAGAUGUUUUAAUUCUAAUUUUCACAUCCCGAUGACAGUUCUCCUUUAAUGCUUCUUUAGUUGAUCUUUAUGCUGCUUAGCUCUGAGGCUGAUUUGCUCUUCAGGACAAACUCAUCUGUAUUCUUACAUGAGUCUUCCAGUUAAACCAGAAAGUUUUGAAACUUAUUAGGUUCACAUUUCUGUGAUGGAAGAUGUAGACAGGUCCUAAAACCCAUCACCAUAAUUUGAAGAGACUUUUUAUGGAGUUAAUGCCUUUUCAGAUGUACUUGAGUUUGUGUGUGGUAAAAGCAGCACCUUUUCAAACAUGAGUUCAUGAGAUUAAAAAAAUAUACACUCACCGGCCACUUUAUUAGGUACACCGGUCCAACUGCUCGUUAACACUUAAUUUCUAAUCAGCCAAUCACAUGGCGGCAACUUAGUGCAUUUAGGCAUGUAGACAUGGUCAAGACAAUCUCCUGCAGUUCAAACCGAGCAUCAGUAUGGGGAAGAAAGGUGAUUUGAGUGACUUUGAACGUGGCAUGGUUGUUGGUGCCAGAAGGGCUGGUCUGAGUAUUUCAGAAACUGCUGAUCUACUGGGAUUUUCACGCACAACCAUCUCUAGGGUUUACAGAGAAUGGUCCGAAAAAGAAAAAAUAUCCAGUGAGCGGCAGUUCUGUGGGCGGAAAUGCCUUGUUGAUGCCAGAGGUCAGAGGAGAAUGGCCAGACUGGUUCGAGCUGAUAGAAAGGCAACAGUGACUCAAAUAACCACCCGUUACAACCAAGGUAGGCAGAAGAGCAUCUCUGAACGCACAGUACGUCGAACUUUGAGGCAGAUGGGCUACAGCAGCAGAAGACCACGCCGGGUACCACUCCUUUCAGCUAAGAACAGGAAACUGAGGCUACAAUUUGCACAAGCUCAACGAAAUUGGACAAUAGAAGAUUGGAAAAACGUUGCCUGGUCUGAUGAGUCUCGAUUUCUGCUGCGACAUUCGGAUGGAAGGGUCAGAAUUUGGCGUCAACAACAUGAAAGCAUGGAUCCAUCCUGCCUUGUAUCACGGUUCAGGCUGGUGGUGGUGGUGUCAUGGUGUGGGGAAUAUUUUCUUGGCACUCUUUGGGCCCCUUGGUACCAAUUGAGCAUUGUUGCAACGCCACAGCCUAUAUGAGUAUUGUUGCUGACCAUGUCCAUCCCUUUAUGACCACAAUGUACCCAACUUCUGAUGGCUACUUUCAGCAGGAUAAUGCGCCAUGUCAUAAAGCUGGAAUCAUCUCAGACUGGUUUCUUGAACAUGACAAUGAGUUCACUGUACUCAAAUGGCCUCCACAGUCACCAGAUCUCAAUCCAAUAGAGCAUCUUUGGGAUGUGGUGGAACGGGAGAUUCGCAUCAUGGAUGUGCAGCCGACAAAUCUGCGGCAACUGUGUGAUGCCAUCAUGUCAAUAUGGACCAAGCUCUCUGAGGAAUGCUUCCAGCACCUUGUUGAAUCUAUGCCACGAAGAAUUGAGGCAGUUCUGAAGGCAAAAGGGGGUCCAACCCGUUACUAGCAUGGUGUACCUAAUAAAGUGGCCGGUGAGUGUAUAUCUUGAUGAGUUUAUGAACUAAAGCAGUCUCAGCAUACGGCUCUCUUAACUUUUGACUGCACCGUUUUUAGAUAAAGCUAAACUUUUUUUUUUUUUAGCAUAUAUUACAUUUCUAUCGUCACUUCUUCAUGUGAAGACAAACCAGUUUGCCACAGAUUUGUCCCACAAUAUAAUUGGUGAUAAUUAUUCUAAUAAUAACAGAUUUAAGGCCGACGCCCACUCACAUCCUGUCCUCUGAGAUUUGUAUGUGACAGGCAUGAAGCCCCGUGCUAGCUAACCCUCUUCCCUCCAACAGUACCGCAAUCAGACUGGCUCACCAGCCACUCAGUCUCCAACCUCCCCAGUCUCCAAUCAAGGCUUCUCCCCCGGCGGCUCGCCUCAAGUAAGGGCCCACCCACCGAGCUAGCUGCUGUUUGGGGAAGGGCUUUGCGCCUGGGGGAAAGCUAAAUGUAGAUGAGUUAGGCUGCUUUUCAUUCUCUGUAUCAGCGGUUAAUCACUCAUGGUGUCAACAGCUGCAUAACUCAUGUCUUCAUCUCCACUGUUCACUGUGUGCAUGACAACACGGCCAGAGUCUGUUAGUGGAGUCUUGUUUCUCUUGUAGAUGGCAAAAGUUUUUACUCUGACAGACCAUUGAAAUACUUUUAAUAGAGUCGUUUAAUCAGACUCGACAGGAUUGAUUUUAAAGCCCACUAGCAGUCGUUUGUGAUUUGUCUCUAGACUUGUUGGUUGCAUGUUUUUGCAGUUUAACAACUUUAUAUUUUGAAUAAAUUCUCCUGGUAUUUCCAAUCAGAAUACUUUACUUAUCCCAGGAGGGAUUCAGUAAAGUUAUUAUAAGACUUGAUUAUUCGUCAGACUCUAUAGGGGUCUGUCUUCUUAUGUGAGUCAAGAGCGACACUCUGCCUUAGCUUGCAUCCACACUAACCUGACAUUUCACUCUCUGCACUGGGGGGGAGUCAUCAAAGCUUAAUCCCAUCGACAGGAAACAUUUGACAGAAGUAUGGAGGAUGAAAAGAGACAGAAUUAAUUAUAUAAACACAUCUUCAAAUAAACACUUAUUAAUUAAAAUUGGAAUUAAAUAAAUAAAUUUAUUUAUUAGAAUACCAUUUCAUUCAAUGUAAAAACAUAUGUAAGUAUUUCACUAUUCAAUUAAUUAAUCCAUGGACCUGUGUUGCAGUGCUUCAUGAAUUGAUUUUACCUGUCAAACUCACCCAUCAAAGUCAGUGGGCGGAUCCUAACACCUGAUUGGUUACCCGGCACAUCAAGCCAAGACAGAUCGACUCUAGAUUAUUAUUUAUUUAUUAAUCCUCAUUUUAAUUAAUUAACGACAUAUUUAAGUAUUUAUUUAUUUAUGUAUUUAUAUAUUUCAUUCUGUCUAUUUUCAUCCUCCGUACAAAAGAAGAGAAAAUGUUUCAAUAUUACACUCUACCUGUAUUUUUAUGUAUGAGGUUGCUCUAAUGCAGAUGGUCACAUAGAGGCACAUCAAUAAUAUCUAUUUAAGUCAAGGAAACAUGUUGAGCUGAGAAGCAAAGUUACAUUUUUAUGAUCAGACAUAUUUAUUAGCCCUGUUUCUCCCUGUCUUCUUGAGCAUUUUGCUGCAGACCCUCUUAUCUCCUGCAGAUAAAUGAAUGAAUGAAAUAGUGGGAGAAACAACUUUAGGUGUUAAUAACCUUUGCAGUAAACACUAGUCGACUGAAUCACAUCAUGUAUGAGAGGACAAUGAGAGAUUGAGUAUAAUUUGGAAGUAGAGCUCCUCCUAAGAGCUGUAAUGCACCGGAAGUCACCUCUGGUGUACAGGACUCCAUCACUUUAAAAGGCCUGUCACACAGUGUUUGUGCUUUUGCUCAUAGAAAAAUAAAGUUCAUGGGGAAUUUCAGUAUUUGUCAACCUCAGCAGUGUUUUUACACUGAAUGUCGUUUGUUGCUGCCUUUGGAAAGAUGUUUUUCUCACCACCUCUGUUGUAGGAAUGUAGAAAACCACAAACUCAAAGUUGUGAGAGCUCGGUAUGUUAACCUGCACCAAAUGGAAACUCAGAGAUUUUGUUCAGCAGUGUUUUAUCUUUUCAACAUGUUUUAUCUUUUUUUUAAAGUAGAGCUGAGAGGAAGAUUUUUCAGCAUUCUGCUUCAGAGGAGAGUUCAGUGUUUCCAUGAUGUACAAAAACACACCUGAUUGACAAAUACUGGAUUUCCCCCUUAAACAGGUUACUUCAUGUUUGUUCACUGUGAACAGGGCUGCCGCGGUCAGCACAACACUUUGCUGUUGUGUCUUUUCCACAGGGAUGGAAAAACAACCCCGCCAUAUUCAUACCUCCAUUACAGUUUUUAUUUUGUUCUUUCUUUCUUCUCUCAAACUCAUGCGGAUAAAUUAACAAUUUGAAUCAUCUAAAAGUCAUUGACUUACUGAUUUACUUUUUCUUUUCUCACUGAACCGUCACAGCCCUAGUCAUGAAAACCAUUUGCUUUGGUCACCGCUCAGUCCAACACUUGUGUGUUUUGUGUUUCUGCUCGAGUUAUCUGUUGUUCCAUCGCUGAAAUGUCCGCCUGUGGGCGACAGAUAACUUCUUAGUGUUGAUGUUUUUGCUGCUUCUUUGACAUUUUUUCUGAUCUGUUGUGGCCUUUUUCUUCUCUUCCAGCACAUUCCUGUGGUAGGCAGCAUAUUCGGCGACUCCUUCUAUGAUCAGCAGUUGGCUUUGAGGCAGACCAAUGCUCUCUCUCACCAGGUGACACAAAAAAACACAGUAAACAGUAAACAUCAGUGAAGUGUUAACUUUUGAGAAGCUCCUGACUGGGUGAAAAAUGUGUGUGUUUUUUAGCUGGAGCAGUUCAACAUGAUCGAGAACCCCAUCAGCUCCACCAGCCUUUACAACCAGUGCUCCACCCUCAACUACACACAGGCAGCCAUGAUGGGCCUCACAGGAAGCAGCUUACAGGAAUCGCAGCAACUCGGCUACAGCAGUCAUGGAAACAUCCCCAACAUCAUCCUCACAGGUAGCAACACCUCAAGUUCAUCUCUGUACAGUGCAUAAUAAGCUGUAAAUAUGGAAGCAAAAAUUACCGUUCAUUUGUGUUGGAUGGUAUGACGGUAUGAAAGUGUCGACUGGUAGAAAUUUUGCUAUAUAGUUAAAACCGGAGAGAGAGAGCAGAUGUCUGCUGCGUUUCUCUGAGUCAGUGUGUGGUUGUCUGCACUCGCUAACAGGAGAGCAUCCGUUUUGCUGCGUUUCCGUGUAUUCAUUAGUGGGUCGUGCAGAGUUUGUUCGCUCCGUUUGAUUGGUCAGGUUUGGGUGUGCUCCAUAUAAUCACCAGCGUGUCCAGCAGACUGCUUGGCAUAGUUUCAACGAAGAAGAAACAGUUUCACUGGUGGUGAUCAUGGCAGACACAGAGAUUAGUGACAGUACCGAGCAAGCGAAGGCAGCCCGAUCCACCCAACACGAGAAAGAGGAGGACGAAGUCAUUUUGAAAGAGGGCGCGAGUCGUGACAUCGUUUGUCUGGAGAUUCUUCGGAUUUAAAUGAAAUCAAUGAUCAAAAAACAAUACUACGCAAAGAGUGUGGUGUGGCUGUCGUUGCUGGAGGAUGAAACACCGGCAACCUCUUCCACCACCUAAAGAUGAAACACGCCAAACUCCAUUAUGAGAGCCAAAAACUGAAGCUGCAGCAGCUCCUCUCAUACAAAAGAGCUUGGCAGAGUCUUUUGCCAAAGGUACGCCAUAUGAUAAAAAAAAAAAACACCAAACUGGUCUGGCAUUUUGUUUGCAUUUGUGCACAAAUCUGAGUUUAAAAAAUAAAACUAAAAUGAAUAAAUACGACAGUAUGUUUAUUUUUAAGCCAUUUAUUGAAAUUACAGGAUAGAAAAAACAUACUGUGAUAUAUACCGUUACCGUGAAAUGAAUAUACUCAUACUGUGAUGUAAGAUUUUGUUCAUACCGCCCAACAGUACCAUGCAUUGCUGUGUCACGUCUGAACGUAAACAGGAGAGUGAAAAUCUGUAACAGCUCAGAGCUGACCGUGAGUCAGGGUGUAUUCAUUAACCUCGAACAUUUCACACAGUGCCAUUUGAUAAUUCUUCAAAUUGAAAGUUGUGGCUGUGCGGAGAUUUAGUUUGCUCAUCAUGUCGUCGAGUCCAUUAUUGAUUUUUUGAAUUAGCUGACUCAGUGCCAAGGUAAUAUUUAUUCUUGUCUAAAUCUAAUAUUAGUUCUUUACUCAUACUUGUGAAACCUUUGGCGAGUGAGUCACAUGAUACUUGCUGAACCCUCCCUGUUUCUCUCAGUUGUCAAUUCUUCCUCCUGUUUCUUCCUCCGGUGUCACGUCUCUCAGUCACAGGGGAGUCUCCUCCAAGCCUCUCCAAAGAGCUCACCAACUCCCUGGCGGGUGUCGGCGAUGUCAGCUUUGACGCAGACUCUCAGUUUCCUCUGGACGAGCUGAAGAUCGACCCGCUCACCCUGGACGGACUGCACAUGCUCAACGACCCUGACAUGGUGCUCGCCGACCCCGCCACCGAGGACACGUUCAGGAUGGACAGGCUGUAG